AUGUGUAGAAAGCAAAUUAUUGAUGCAAUAAGAAGUAUCAAGAGAAUUGCUGCGCAGAAGUUCGCUAUUGGUCUGCAGGAACGUGAAGCAAAAUGUAUUAGGGAUCGAAUCGAUAAGUUGUUCGAGUAUUCUGUUUGUGGCGGUAAAUGUAAUCGAAGUAUGUUGUUGGUAGCGGCCUAUAAAGCACUCGGUGGACAACAGAAUGAAAAACAAUUGGAAAUGGUGACAAAUAUAGCAGCCUGUUUGGAACUUUUACAAAGCUUUUUCCUCAUCGAAGAUGAUGUAAUGGAUGAGGGCGUCAAUAGAAGAGGCAAACCAUGUUGGCAUCGAUUGGAAGAAAUAGGAAUAAAUGGAAUCAAUGAUGGCUUACUGCUGGAUUGCAUGGUAUCGUACACUUUACGCAAUAAUCGAGUUCCAGCUACAGUUAUAAAUGCUUUUGAUGAAGCUCGGCGCGUUACAGUACUCGGACAAAUACUUGAUGGCGAUACAAAAAGCGUUGAAGAUUGCACUUGGCAAAGACACUGGGCAAUAACGCAGCGCAAAACAUCGCAUUAUACUUAUUUCACACCACUGCAAAUUGCAGCUCUUCUAACUGCGCAACCAUUAAUCAUUGAACCUUUAAAAUCGAUCUCAUACCAACUUGGUUAUCUGUUCCAAUCCAGGGAUGAUUAUAUGGAUUGUUUUGGCGAUAAAUCGACAAUGGGUAAAGUAGGAAAUGACUUGACAGAAGCGAAGUGUACAUGGGUCACUUGUAAAGCAGUGGAGAAAUUAUCAAGUGAACCAAACUUCCUAACAGAUUUUCGGGAGAAUUUUGGUAAACGAAGCAUUACUUCGGAACAAAAACUGAAAGAUAUUCUGAUGCAUUUGCGGAUUGCGGACGAUUUUCUCUUAUUUCGUGAAAAAUGCGCAGUUGAAAUACUCAGUAGUAUUAAUCAUUUUCCAAUGAUAGAUCUUAGACCAAUCUUACGACAGUCAGUUAAUGAUUUGAUGAAUGGAAACCUCUGA